AUGCGGUUAUAUGCAAAAUUCUUCAAGGAACUCAUCAACAAGAAGAGAAGCUGGAAUGAAAAGGAGACCAUGAUCUUGACCCAAGAGUGUAGUGCAGUAAUUCAAAGAGGCAUUCCACCAAAACUCAAAGACCCAGGGAGCUUUAUCAUAUCAUGCACCAUAGGCAACAUGAUAUUGGAAAGAGCUUUCUGUGAUUUAGGUGCCAGCAUCAAUUUGAUGCCUCUCUCAAUGAUGAAAAAGCUUGCAAUAGAGGAAGUUAAACAUACUAGAAUGUCACUUCAAAUGGCUGAUAGAUUACUCAAGAUACCUAAUGGAGUUGUAGAGAACUUAUUGGUGAAGAUUGGAGAAUUCAUCUUCCCUACCGAUUUUGUCAUUUUAGACAUGGAAGAAGAGGGACAUAAUUCAAUUAUCUUGGGGAGACCUUUCUUAGCCACAGUAAGAGCCAUAAUUGAUGUAGAGAAAGGUGAAAUGGUUCUCAGGGUGCAUAAUGAGCAGAUGAUCAUCAAUGUCUUUAAAGCAAUGCAAUAUCCCCUUGAGAAAGAAAAGCAUAUGAGAGUGGAAAUGAUAGAAGACUUGGUGGAAGGAGUGCUUGGAAUAAACGAUCAAGAGGAACAAGAAGAAGAAAUAGAAACAGAUCAAGAUGUCUUAGAAGAACAAGUGAUUGAAAUCUUUUUUGAAGGCAAUACAGAGGAGGUGCCAAAGCAAGAAUUGAAGCCCCUUCCUCCUCAUCUCAAGUAUGAAUUCCUUGGAGGAAAGGAGACCCUUCCAGUGAUCAUCAAUUCAUCCUUAAGCAUGAAAGAUGAAGCAAAGCUGAUUAAAGUGUUGAAAAUUCACAAAAUAGCUUUAGGACGGACAAUUGAUGACAUCAAGGGUAUAAGCUUUGCUAUUUGCAUGCAUAAUAUUCUGCUAGAGGAGGACUCAAGACCUGUGGUGCAACCUCAAAGAAGGCUUAACCCAACCAUGAAGGAAGUGGUUCAAAAGUAG